ACUUUUUUUUGUGCGCGUGUUAAACAUCUGUUUCGACAAAAAUUUAAACAAAAUUUAUCAAAUCGGUGUCAACAUAUAAUAAUAAUUACAAAUGUAGCCAUUAUUUACACUAAUUUCAAAUAUUUCGGUCAUUUGAACCGGUUUCGUUGGCAAAGGAGUUUGUAUAGUAAAUACAAGUGGUGAGAGCAUGAACAAUGAAAAAGAUAUCUCGUGCCAUUUCAACUUUGAACGGAAUGUAAUUUGAUAUUCAUGUUUGAGUGAACAAAGACUGAGUGCGGAGCACAAAAGCGGAAUAACAAGCAAAAAUAAAGUCAACCCAAUGCACAAAAAUUGAAUGAUAACCGAAACGUUUGUACAGUGUAAAGUGAUAAUGGCAGAGUCCGUACGAUCUGCUCUCACUGCUCCCAGCCCAUACUUAAUCACAUAAUGUUAACGUAUUCGAGGAAUUAUAUGUGAGUGUAUGGAUGAAUGUAGGUAUGAAUAUACGUACGUUGAAUCAAUGUAAAUUAAUCCAAAUUGCAAAAUUAAGACACAAAGCAGGCAAAAAACCGGAAUAAGAGAUUUCAGUUAAUAAAUUUUUCUUGCCCAUUCUGUAACAGUGGGUAAUCAUCUUGUUAGGAAAACAAAAACGGCUGCGCACAGACCCAUCCACACACACACACACAUAUAUAUAUAUAUAUAGAAACGAUGAGUACUUGGAUUUUUUGUAUUUUUUUCGAAAAUAUUUUAUAUCUCUCGUAGGCAGUCUUGUAUGGCGUAUAUGUUAUGCCAACGAAUAACAUCUCACAACCGACACGUAUCGCUUUCGGACCACGCACACAUAUCGCAUACAUUAUCAGUAACGUGUGUAAUACAUAAGCGUUUUACUUUUUCUAUUUGUUUUCUGUCGGCGUUUUUUUGUUGUUGUAUACAUUCAAUUUAUUGAUAAAAUAGAAUUAAAAUAUUGAUACCGAAGCGGUUGGCUGCUCUCUUCACUCUUGCAUUCACUUGGAUGAGCUCCGGACAUGAGCAUUUAUUAAUUUCGGUCUGGAAUCACAUCAGUUCAUAGCGUUUAGUUUAGAUCAGAUUAUCGUUCGUUACACAUCGAACGUGGAGGCCAUCGUGAAAUAGUCAACGUUCCCAAAUUUUUAUGUUUGACGUGCAUUUUUUGUGAAUUAGUUUUUUUUGUUCGUUUUUUUUUCAUUUGUUUUGUUUCUUUUUCCAAUCUGUUGAAACGGUGUGUUUGCCGCAGUUAUUAAAUUACGUGAGUUAAAAAAAGACUGAACAUGACUGGAACAGAGAAACCGGCUGUAGCACAGCCCAGGACGGUUAACGAACGUGGCGAUGAUCCUGACGCACGUCCAAUGCUUUACGAUCCCUUACAAGGGAGCAAGACAACAAAAAGCCAACAAUAUCUAGCAACAGUGAUUAUUUGCUUGGGCGCAGCCGCAGCUGGCACGGGACUAGCAUGGACAAGUCCAGUUUUGGAUCAACUGAAAAGUUUCAACUCACCGAUUGUCAUAACAAAAGAUGAAGGAACAUGGAUCGCAUCUUUUCUCGCAAUUGGAGCAAUCAUUGGUGCUGUACCGUCUGGAAUUUUGGCCGAUAAACUUGGCCGCAAGAAGACUGCUAUCAUCAUUGCUGUCCCCUAUAUUAUCAGCUAUCUUCUAAUUGUUUUCGCCCAAAACGUUAUGUGGCUGUAUGCUGCUCGAUUACUCAUUGGUAUUGCCAUUGGUGGCUCAUGCGUUGUAUGCCCGGUUUAUAUAAGUGAAUAUGCUGAAACAUCGAUUCGAGGUAUGCUUGGAACGUGUUUCCAACUAUUUCUCACGGUUGGCAUUUUGUUCGUCUUUGUGAUUGGAGCGUACACCAGUUGGAUCACAUUGAGUUGGACGUGUCUGGCUAUGCCGGUAUUGAAUCUGGUCGGUUUGUUCUUCUUGCCGGAGAGUCCAAUUUGGCUGUUGAAAAACCACCGCGAAACAGAAGCAGCAACAGCAAUCAAAUGGUUCUGGGGCCGACACUGUAAUGCGAAUGGCGCCAUUCAAGCUAUCAAGAAUGAAUUGGAGGCAGCCGGAAGUGGUUCGGGAUCGAUUCGUGAUUUGUUUGCUGUUACAGCCAAUCGCCGUGGCUUCUUCAUUUGCGUCAGUUUGAUGUUCUUCCAACAAUUUUCGGGUAUCAACGCCGUCAUUUUCUUCUCGGUGGGAAUUUUCAAAGCGGCAGGCAGCAACUUGGAUCCAAAUGUAUGUGCAAUUAUCGUGGGCGUAGUGCAAGUGCUAAUGACCUUUGCAGCGGCUGUAUUAGUUGAACGCGCAGGUCGCAAAGUUCUUCUUUUGUUGAGCAGUAUGGUUAUGGCAUUGUGUUUGUUUGUGCUGGGUGUUUACUUCUAUUUGAAAGAUCAUAACCAUGAUGUUUCAAACAUUGGCAUCAUUCCGUUGCUCAGCUUGGUCCUCUUUAUCAUUUGCUUCAGUUUGGGCUACGGACCAAUUCCAUGGAUGAUGAUGGGCGAGAUGUUGGCGGUUGAUAUCAAGGGUAUUGCCACCUCAUUCACCGUAGAAUUCAACUGGAUCUCUGUGUUCAUCAUCACAAAAUCAUUUGAACCAAUGAUUGAAGGUUUCGGCGGAGCAGUGACAUUCUGGAUUUUUGGUGCGAUUAUGGUAGUCGGUACAGUUUACGGUUACAUUUGCCUAUUCGAAACGAAAGGCAAGAGCAACACUGAAAUUCAAAUCAUAUUGGCUGGCGAUAAAUGAGCGAAUAUAUUUGUCUAGAUUUUAAUUAUUGUAUCAAUUCUAUUCUGCUGUGCAUGAUACGGACGGAUAAAACAAGAGACAGAGAUUAUACGCAUAGAAAUUGUAAUUGAACUAAUUAGUGUCUAAAUAUUUUUUUUAGCCAAAAACAUAGCAGGAAAACAAUCAUUGUAUGUAAAAGACCGAGAGAGAAAAAAAAUAUCGUAUUUUUGUAUAUAAUUAAAUUUUACGUUAAGUAACUAGCUAAAAAUGAAAUUCAGAUACUUUUAGAUUGUGAACAAAUUAUUUUAUUCAAAACAUUGUAUUACAAAUUCAAUAUGUUGCUCAAGUUUUUUUUAGACCGAUUAAAUAAAAUGUGAGUUAUUUUAA